UCGUGAGGUUGUCGUGAGUGGUUCGUUCGUUGUUGUGUCUUCAUCAAUCAGCCAGCAGGCGCCAUUAUAGUCAAAGUGAGGCGUCGCUUGGUUUGCGAAAAUCUUACGCACACCAGUGCUUACGAUAAUCUGGGCAUAGUUCAGUGUUGUUAUUUACAUUUGUGAACAGUCUUUCACAAAGAUGCACACCAGAAGUAGAAAUAGUCAGAGUUAUUCUACCGCAAGAGGACCAUCUGGAAAUUCGAAUACAGGACCGGGAUUUCAAAGUACAGCGUAUCAAACACAAGGAAAUUUCCAACCGACUCAGAUGUCUGGGCCCAAUCAGCUUGGGACCUACAAGAGUGUACCUCCACUAAAUGUAUCACAGUUCAAAUCCAAUGGUCCGCAAUUGCUACAACAGCUUCAACAACAAAACAGAUUGCUGCCAGUUCCAAAAACUCCGCCCAUUCUGCAGCAAUCUUCGAAUUCUGGUGGACAAUCGUUACAACAGACCACCCCGGCUACACAGGCACCACGUUUAAAACCAAUUCUCAAGCAAACAACAGCUUUCGUACCAGCUGUGAGUAGUGUUCCUGCUGCCACAAACCCUGCUACUGCUACACCUCAAGUAACAUCCCCUACACCACCUACAAACAAUGUUGAAUCAAAGGUGAUGGAAGAAAAAGAGAUCAUCGAGGUUGAGAAUCAAGAACAGCCGAAAUGGAAACGAAACAGGGUACCUGGUUACAAGGUGAAUAAGAAGCUGAAGCGACUGAGGAUGAAUCAACGACUCAGGAGAGCAUUGCAGCCCAAGAAUGCAAUCAUGGUUUUGAACGAAAUGAAAACUGGAGUACAAUUCACUUUUCCAGAAUCACAAGCUGCUAUGCCUAACUCCUUAUUUGUCGUCCAUGCUGAGAUCGAUGGAAAGACAUAUGUCGGUCAAGGAUUGUCCAAACCACUUGCGCGUCAGAAUGCAGCAGAAAAUGCAUUGAAAUGUUUGCUUCUUGAGAAAAUGACGACAGCAUCGAGUAAGGCACGCAUUGAUGCAGAAUUGGACGGACAAUCAGCAAUACAGGAAGAUUUGUCACAGAGCGUAUCUGCUAAAGAGGAAGGUUCUGAAGUGACCGCUGUACCCUCGUCAGAACAAGCUUCUGACGAACCAGAUGAAGUCCCAUGGAGUUCCCUAGCCAGUUUUGCGCUCUAUAAACUUUUCUUAGAGUGGCAAAAUCAAGGGACUGUUGUUCCAGUUCCUAGACCAGGCGUUUCCCCUGGACGUGCUAAAAAGGAACCAAAAGCGCCAAUUCAGAAAGAUUUACCACCAAAUGCCAUUAACAUUCAUCCGGUUAUGUUGCUCAACCAAAUGAAACCUGGUUUGGCCUAUGUUGAAGUGAAUCGUGUCGGUAAUCCGCCAAACACCAUGUUCACCUUGGCUGUAGAAAUCGAUGGAAUUGACUACAACGGUACAGCAAAGAAUAAAAAGGACGCCAAAAAAAUGGCGGCCAAAACAGCCUUAACUGCACUGUAUGGCUUGGUUUAUCCUGAAGAAGCUAGUAUGGAUCAUACCGAGGAUAUAAUGAUGUGUUAAAUCAUUAUUGUGAAGACGAUUCUCGUUGUGAAGAAUGACGAUGGUUCCGUGAAAUUUUCCGAGUUUGUUCGUAGUUCAUCUCUGUUUUUACUAACAAGUUUGCAGAAACUAUUGGAAGUCU